AUUCAUUCGACUCGUUUGAAGUCAGUUAAAAUUGCCAUUUAAUGUAGAUAUUUUUUUUUGUGUUUAAAAAUGUUUUUGAUGUCAUACCGUUUUAUUUCUGUACAGGUAGUAUCCUUCUUCUGCUUCGUAGCCGCGGCAGUGGCGGUCACUAUUCCCACUGUGCCGGUGGCCAAAGUGGCGUACGUAGAACCGGAGGCUCCUGCCAACUACGAGUUCGAGUAUUCAGUACAGGACCAGCACAGCGGGGACGUCAAGCAGCAGAAGGAGGGCCGCGCCGGUGACGCUGUCCAUGGAUCCUACUCCCUCAUCCAGCCUGACGGUGUCCAGCGUAUCGUCGAGUACACAGCCGAUAAAGUGAACGGAUUCAACGCCAUUGUACGUUACGAGGGACAGGCAGCCCCGGCGCCAGCUAAGAUUGCCUACGCCGCCGCCCCGGUCGCUUACGCCGCUCCUGUUGCCAAGGCCGCAUACGCUGCACCAGUUGCUAAGGUCGCGUAUGCUGCUCCCGUUGGAUUCGCUACGGUACCACUCACAUACGCCGCUGCUCCCGUUGCCAAACUGGCGUACAGUACAAACCUCGUAGCCUUCUUCUGCUUCGUAGCCGCGGCAGCGGCGAUUGCUAUCCCCGCGGUGCCAGUGGCCAAGGUGGCGUACGUAGAACCGGAGAUUCCCGCCAACUACGAAUUCGAGUAUUCAGUGCAGGACCAGCACAGCGGGGACGUAAAGCAGCAGAAGGAGGGCCGCGCCGGCGACGCUGUCCACGGAUCCUACUCCCUCAUUCAACCCGACGGCGUCCAGCGUAUCGUCGAGUACACAGCCGAUAAAGUGAACGGAUUCAACGCCAUCGUACGUUACGAGGGACAGCCAGCCCCGGUGCCAGCUAAGAUUGCCUACGCUGCCGCCCCGGUCGCUUACGCCGCUCCUGUUGCCAAGGUCGCAUACGCUGCACCAGUUGAUAAGGUCGCGUAUGCUGCUCCCGUUGCAUACGCCCCAGCACCAGUCACAUAUGCCGCUGCUCCCGUUGCCAAACUGGCGUACAGUACAAACCUCGGCCAGGUUUCUUACUCAUCUCCCGUUGUCUCCUAUCAACAUUAAAUAUUUAGUUAAUAGUUAUUUAUUUAUUAAUAAAAAAAUAUAAAAAUUCACUAA